AUAAUUUGUUGAUCUCUGCACAUUGCGAUUACCGAAAUAUAAACAAUGUGAUCACGUGGGCUGAAUCUGUAACUGACAUGUGCUGAACCUCAAGUAGUGUUCGCACAGUGGGCGCGCCUUUGGAGGGUGGCGCACUGCCGUCUCCCUGAUGGGAAGACAUACUAUCACUAUGGAACCAAAGAAGAGAUGGAAGAAGGUUCUGUACGAAGACCAAGGCGUACCUGAUAAUUAUGUAGAUGAGUCCUUUUUGGAUGAGAUGCAAAAGAAUGUUCACAUUAGAACAUACCACUAUUGGUCAGUUGUCCAGGAAUCUGGGGUGGUCACUCAGCAGAUCUGCAGCGUGUGCUUGUUUGUGGCCAUGUUCCUCUUCAUGGAUGACAAGGUGCUCUCGCCCAAAGUCCUGUUCUGUGUGUCUUCCUUCCUGACCAUCAUUGGCUAUUGCAUCCAUGAAUUGCUGGAAUAUAUGGAAGAAGACUCGGACAACAUGCAGACAAGAACAGGGUGGUCAGCCAUGAAGACAGUAUUGAUGUUUGUAGCCUUCAGCUAUGGCCUCUCCCCCAUCUUGAUGACCCUUACUGAUACCAUCAGCACAGAUACGGUUUACGCCAUGACGGCAGCGAUGUUGCUGGCCAAUUUGUUAUUUCAUGACUAUGGGGCGGAUGCUGCCGUUGUCUCUGGGGCAUUGUCUUUGAAUGCAGCUAUUUUUGCCUCAGUUUGCCUGGCGUCAAGAUUGCAUACCACUUGGCAUGCCUUCACCACAGUGACACUGGCCGUGGAGGUAUUCGCUUUGUGGCCAGUCUUAAGACGGAAGUUAAAGGUAAAAGUAAAACACAGUCAGCUGGUCUUGACCAUCAUUUUGACCCUGGUUACAGUUGUUACUAUAGCAACGUUAUCAACAGUGGCUGCUGUAUUGUUGACCCUGUUGUAUGUAUUCAUCACCUUUGUCUGCCCUGCUUGGCUGAUAAGUCUUCAACCAUACAAAAACAACAUCUAUGGGCCAUGGGAUGAAGCAGAGAUUAAGGACUGAGGUUGACAGUGGUCAGUUAAGAUGUCUGCCACGAUCCUGGUCAUGUCUGACCACCUCCCCUAGUGUCCCUCACAGAAAGUGAAAGAGGCAAGUGGUCAUUUCAGAAGAGUGAAGGUCCAGUGAACAACCAGAAGUUGCCAUUGACCAUCAACUCAAAGGUUACCAGCCCCAAAGGCAAGCUGUGAAGAAGUUAGCAGGUUUGAUCCCUUAGGGACCCUACAAAGAUAUCAAAAAUGGUAUCAUUGAAUAGGUGCUUUGUUAUGUGGCGCAGUGUCAGUGCUUAACUACAGUAAAAAUUUGAACAUUUUGUUGAAAGACAAUUGAUUGCAGACAUAACUUUUUUUUUCACUAUGAAAAUUUUGUCAAACUUGACAAUGAGCUUCUCCAUAAUUUUGAAAAGGUUGGCACCUAAUUUGGUCAUGCUGGACGCCUGCAUUUCAAAAUACUUGUAAAUUUUUAAUUGGCGAAAUUUUCAAGUUUUCACUGUAACAUCCAUGCAUCAGUUAUCUUUAUGUUGAAGAAUUUCAUCAUUAAGAAAUAGAUGAUGUUAGUGCAGUCUUCUUGUAAACUGCCUCUAGUUGUGGUAACAUAGGGGAACAAGAUGUGCAUUUUGGAAACGACUGCCAACUGUGCAGACUUUGACCUGGACACCUUAUACUGUAAGUUUUUACAACGAUACCAUGCAGGCAGGGUAAAGCUAAGUCAGAGUUACAGAGAGGCAUGUUAUAAGUGUGAACCAUAGAAUUUGAUCAGUCCAAAGACAGGGUUUGUAAAACUCUGGAAAUCCGUAGAUCUUUUUUUUUCUUUUUUUUUUUUCAAUUUUAAUUCGAUCCUAAUAUUUGUGAUCCUGAGAAAGUGGUCACAGCUGGUGAUUGCCAAGCUUUUUUGUGAGAGGAUUUGUAGGAAAAAAGUGGAUUCUGGUUAUGCUACUUAAUUGUGGCAAAUGCGAAAAUACUAUAUUUACCUAGAUAAUUUGGUACAUUUUGUACAAUCUAAUAAUGUUGUCCCCCCACAUACUGAUUUCCAAUUAUGUACCAUUUUUCCUCCUGACAUUCUUCCUCCUCGUGACCUUGUUUUACUUUCCUUGUAACCUUUUCCAUAGACCUGAGUUUUCCAUCUUCUUAAUAACUUAUACCACUUGUUUUGUGUCCAUGGCACUAGUGUGUGGUGUAUUGUUCAAUACUAGACUUAACUCUUUAUGCAUCAGUUUUUACAAAGGCCUUUGGUGCACUGGUGGCAACCAUUAUGUAAGUUCUAGAAAUAUAUUGUAUAAGAAGAAGCUGUAAAAAAAAAAACAAGCAAUAAGUUUUCAUGGUUUAGUAAAACUUCCAGCUAUGUCGAGAAGCAAUGGAAUCGUAAAUUCUUUCUUCUAUUUCUAUAGGUGGUAAAUAACUUUGUUUACUCAAACUGUUUAUAGAAGUGUAUGUGGUAAUAUGGUUUCCCUUAUCUAGCUGGUCUGUGAAGUCGCUGAGGUAGCUGCCCAUAAUGCUGUUCAGGUAUGCGCUAGUUUGUGCACUUUGUGUAUUUUCCUUAUGAUCUUUUCCAUAGACCUGUGAAAAAAAAAAUAUCUGCGACCCUGGUAGAGGUUAUCAGCCGAUAUGUUCCUCUCCCUGUGAUCUGAAGGCAACAGAGCUGUGUUCCCCCGCAGCGGUAAUUUUGGUAAUUGAUCUGGUGAAACUGGCGCCAGCGCAAUUAGGAUGAGGAUCACAUGUGUAGCUCCCGCCAAAGUACAAAACACAGGUUUUGACGAAAAUCUUCAGCUUAUAAAAAAUAAAUAUAUAAAUAAACUCAAAAAUAAUUUUUAAAAAAUCAACAAACGUUAAGUAUAACGAUAUAUGUAUACUCGCUCGACAUGUUUUAUUCAAGUUUUUUUUUCUGUGUGUGGUUUUAACUUGUUAAAAAAUUUGUCUGCUGGGGUGACUUUAUAGACAGCAUUUUUCACCGUGCAAACAUUAUUUAAACUAGAAUUACAAAUUAAAUCAAGUUUAAUUACGUUAAAACAUGAACGCCAAGGUAUCACUGACUGUCUAAUCCAAAAUAAUUGGAUUGUGUUCCGAGUUUAACGGAACUUCCAAUUCUGCCCAAAAUAACAUGAGCAGAUGUAUUAUAAUUUCCUCUGUAUAGAUGACAAAGGAAAACUGUCUCCCAUCUUCCAGUUGUAUGAAAAUAUGGAAAAUCGUUUUUUUUUUUUUUUUUUUUUUUUUGAUAGGUAGCUCAGCUAACAAAUGCCAAACUGUUAUUUAGACGCUGUGUACAAGUUAUAAACCAUGAACUGCAUUAUCAUGGCUGUACACUAAAGCUUAAAAAAUUCAAAUAUUUCUCAUGAUACACUAUUUAUUUUUUACAAACACUAUGUGAAGGUUUCAUUUUUUUCUUUCAUCUUUUCUAAAGUCAUUUUCCUCCACUCUUCAUAAGUCAGAGCACUGUAAGGGCAGUGCCAAUACCCCUUUAGUUGCCUGUAAUCAGUCUUCUUUCAUCGUGGUUGGCCACAGGAACGGCAGGCAAAAAAAUCUUUUUUCAUCUUAUAUCUGCCCACAGUUCCCUCUUCCUCUUGUGCUUUUCUUUUUUUGUGGUACCAGGAGGUAGACUUGGGCACAGCAAAAGAUAGUUGAGUACUGGGGGGCAUGGCACUUUCUUUGCCCUGGUUGGGGUGACCUGGCCAGCUCCGUUUUCUUCCAGAGGUACUCCCAUCUCUACCAGGCCAUGAGGGAGGGAGGGUUGCACUGGCUUGGGGCGUGCCUAUGGGAGAUCUGGUGUGGUUGAGAGCUUGGCCCCAGGGAGAGUGGCACCGAGUAACAGCUGUGUCACAUCCUAAACCUAAACUUGACAGCAGUAGACAAAAAAUUUUCAACAAUUUUCAUUUAUUUAUACUUUUUUAGAAGCACUAUUUGGUUUCGUUUUUUUUCUUUCAUUUUUUCUAUAGUCAUUUUCUUCCACUCUUCAUAAGUCAGAGCACUGUUAGGGCAGUGCCAAUACCCCUUUAGUUGCCUGUGCCCAUUCUCCUUGUGUCGUGGUUGGCCACAGGAAAUACAAGCAAUAAAUUUUUUUUUCAUAUUUUACCUGAUCACAGUUCCCUCUUCCUCUUCUUUGGCCUUUCUUUUUCUGUGGUCCGAUGAUGUGGACUUGGGCGUGGCAAAGGCUGCUUGACCUCUGGGGGUGGGAGACACUACUGUUCGAGGGCGGUAUCUUGGGUAAGUAACGCUUCUCCUUACGCUGUCUUAAAUGUCUCAGGGAGUGGGAGACACUACUGCCCUAGGUUGAUAUAUGGGGUGAAAGGCCCUUCUCCUCACGUUGUCCAGGGCAGCUUGUUUGGCGCCCAUUGCAGCAGCAGGGCUUCCAGGGUGCCAUACCAGUGUCGUCCUCAGUCCUCUCAACCAAAACUCGGCCCGCUUUAGGUCGUCUAAAGUUUCAAAAUCGCAGUCAGCGAACGGGAUAAUAACUAUCUUCGCCCGCUGAAAGUGAUUUUGUGGAGCCAUAGUUUUUAUCAAUGUGAAGAGGAGAGCAACGAGCUCUCCCACCGAAUUGGUGCCGCCGAUUGCGGGGCACCACCCCAUUAAUAUUAUGGUAUUAUAUGUUUUCUUGUUUGGAAAAAUUAACUAACAAUAACACCAUUUAUUUUUAACAAAAGGUUUAAUUUUUUAAAUUUUCUAUGUAACUACAUAUAAAAAUCGAAGAAGACUAUGGCAUGGUCGGAUGCAAUGGGCAAUCUUCUUGGUCUUAAUCGUCAGACCUGUAAUUAAAAAAAGAAAAGAAAAAUCUAUUAUAUAACGCACGCAUAUAAUAAAAGGAUUUUCAUACCGACAUCUAAAAGUCGACAUUUUAUUUCCUUUACUUAUUUUUCUAAUUAUAGUUCAGUAUUCCCCUCAAUCAAGUACAUUUUUUAGUGCUUACCAGUUUUAACCCUACUGAUCCCGUUCUUCCCCUUGCUCAUCUUCUUCUUCCUAUUGGGGAGGACCUGUUUAACGUUCCAGCUUUUAGAAAAAAAAAAAAAGGAAAACAUUUAAUUACGCAUUACAUUCCACCUUAUUACAGCAUAUAACGUUUACAUUUUUUAGCGCUGUACUUCUCUUAACAUUUAGUGAUAUAGUAAUGUUUACAUUAUUUAUAUACAUAUGUAUAUAUACAUAUAUAGGAAUAGUUAAAUUAAUUGUUAACUUACCUCUUCGUGUAUGUCACUAAGAGUGUAUGCAAACUGGUCCAUGACUAGCUUGCACAGCAUUGGGUCCCUUAAUAGUGUGUUUAAUGCUUUAAUGCUGAUGCGUGCGUAGUUCUGCACGCAAAAGUUUACGCAGCACGCCCUAAGGGACGUGCACCCCAUUCUAUUUGCCAAUGUCAUGAUGUCAAUGACAUUCUGUGUGUUGAUCUCCUUUUGUAGUUGGUCCUCACACAAUUCCUCAAGAGUUGACAAAUUUUCCUCCCAAAUAGCCUCCAUGGUGUAUUUGGAAGUAUACCAGGACGUUGUUUGAAACGUGGUAUUUAUACCCCCCUCUUCCCCUAGUCUCAGCCAAUCUGUAUUAUGAAUCUGAUUAUGAAAUGAUUGACAGAUGAUUGAUCUUCUACUCCCACACCCAUGUUGCAGCCAGGCUACCACCCCUCCCCUCCCCCCUUUCCCUUCGUCAAUUUUGGUUAACCGGCUUACGUUUAAGGACCAUUCUCGUGAUCAUUGCAAUUGUUGUGACGAUUGGUCUGCAGUGCUUUUCCCUUACAAUUAUUACAGCUGUAGCAAUAAAAUCAAAUCAAAAGACAUAGUGCUGUAAUGUGGUUUAAUAACAAACUAAAUCCUAUUUGUUAUAUACAUACAUACAUAAAGUGUAUCUUAAAUGGUCAAAAAAAAAAAAGUCACAAUUGAA